GCUCACUAGAUACCGAAUCAGAUUUUGAUAGCAAUGGAUGAUUGUUGCAGCAGUUUAUUGCCGCCCGGUUCUGCCAGAGCUCAUCACCACUCUCACUCGUCCCCAGAUCAGGAUCAGGCGUCUUCCAAUAACUCUCUCUCCGACAUUUCUUCCUCGUUUUUCGACCAGGACUACGAUUGGGCAUCGUUGCAGCAGCCGCAGCGAAGCAAUGCAGAUUCAUCCACAGAGCUCCUCAAUUCCUCGGCUCUCAUCUCACAAUCCCAGCAGACUUUAGCGCUUGAUCCAGAUCAAUUUGGAGGUUUCAACCUCAAUUUUGUCAUCGCGUCCUCUAGGCCCUAUGGCCAGCAGUAUGAAACUGCGGUGCCAUGCUUCCAGAUGGUCUCCCCGGCAAUGCAGGUGAAGCCGCUCAAAUCCCUCAAACGAGAGUCUCUCGACCAGUCCACGCUAGUCAACUGCGAGGACAACAGCCCCGGCAGCGCUCGCAGUGGAGUGUUCAAUCCCAAUUGCUCGGAGCUGGAGCAAAGGCAGCCAUUCACUGCUGCUUCAGAUCUUAUAAGCAACAAGAGGCAGUGCCUGGAUCAAAGGCUUCAAGGAUGGAGCUCACCUACGAAUGAAUCCAAGCACAAGCUCUCAAGUGUGAGCUUUGUUGGGCCAGCUCUCAACACGAAUGGCAAGCCCAGAGCAAAGCGUGGAUCUGCAACAGAUCCCCAAAGCGUUUACGCAAGGCACCGGAGAGAGAGGAUCAACGAGAGGCUCAAAACUUUACAACACCUUGUUCCAAAUGGUGCAAAGGUUGACAUAGUGACAAUGCUUGAAGAAGCAAUACAUUACGUGAAGUUUCUACAGCUGCAAGUCAACAUGUUAAGCUCUGAUGAGUACUGGAUUUAUGCACCCACAACAUAUAAUGGUCCUGAGACACCUCUAGGAGUGAAAUUACCACUGACGGGAUCAUAA